UGGAGUAAAUCCGCCCACUCUCGGUCAGCGCAACACUUCCCUUUUCCUUCCCGAAAACCACAGUGGACAGCUUAAAGCCAGCGAGAUAGCCUCUUGCUAGUGUAAGAGCAGAAAUGACCAUUUCAUGGAUUUUUUAUUCAAUUCAAUACUAAAUUCAAAACUUUAGCGAAGCCGUUCCAAACUUUAAUUGGAGCAAAAUUAAGAUUCAACAACAAACGUCACAUCUCCCUCAAACAUGCUAGUAAAAAUCUUGGUGUUUUUACUUGAGUUAGUUUCACUGUCUUAUGCACGUUUGAAUAUUUUCAACCUAAAUUGCUCCUAUGACUAUAAAGACACAAUGGUUUGCGAGUCAGAGGACUGGCCUUUCAACUGUAGUGCAUACAGCUUAGACUUAGUUUCACCACAUAAGAAUCACUUCAUGUGUACAUUCAUGGACAUGGAUAGCAGCAGAAACUCAAAAUCCCUGUCCAGAUGUGGAUGCACAAUUAAAAAGCUUUUGAUGAUAAACACUGAAAACUACACAAGAAACCUAUUGGAAGGAGGGAGAGUAAUAAAUACAAAGAUUAUCACUGCACUUGACAGCAUCAAGCCUCAAGCUCCUGAGAUAUUGUCUGUGGUUUUAAUGGAGAAUGGCAAUUACAACAUCACAUGCAAGACCCAUUAUGAGCAUACCUUCCUGUAUGACCAAUUGCAGACUCAACUGAAGUACAGAAAGAUAGGAGAAGCAGAUGCACCUUGGAUGAACAUCACUGCCACUCUGCCAUCCCAGGAAAUACCAGGCAAUGUUUUAGAGCCCAGCAGCAAAUACAUUGUGUUGGCAAGAUUAUACUCCCCCCUCUACAACAGCCAGUUCAGUGACUGGAGCCAGGAGGUGGAGUGGACUGCCCGUAAGUCAGACACAGGGAUUAAGAGAGCAGUCUCCCAUCAGAGUGUGUUGCCGAUAAUCAUCCUUACUGUAUUCCUCAUCAUAAUCAUCUGUGCUUCUUAUUGGUGCUGGACUCGACUCAAGACCCAGUGGUGGGACACAAUUCCAACCCCCUCGAAUGAAAUAAAAUGCAUGCUUUCUGGGAAUACCAAGUCGUUACAGGUUUUUACCCCUAAGCUGUAUGAUCCCUGGCCCAUCCGCCCUGACGCCCUGACCAUUGGUCACACUGUGGAGAAGUCCUGGGCUGGUCCAGUGAGGUCAGAAUGGGACCGAGACGUUUCGUAUGAAAAUGUUUGCCCCGGUCAGCCGGCAAUAAAUAGCGGUGUCGGCAUCCGCGAGGACAGUGAGACCGAGCGGUGCUCCUGCAGCUCCUCUCAGUCGGCUUACAGGAACAUCCUCUGCCCCAGGUCGCCUGGCCCAGCCUCCCUGGGGUCCUCAGGCUGUGGGGCCCCCAGCCCAGCUGCUCCGCCCGCCCCGAGCUCGGACUCCUGCCCCGUUUGCACUGAACCUGGACUGCUGGAGACUUCCAGUCCACUAGCACAUCUGCGCAGAGAACUGCUCGCCCCUGAUUUGUUGAGAGGACUUUCCAUCAUGCCCGCCGACUUUGAGUGGGGCCCACGAGACAGCCCUCCUCCAGCAGAGGGCGCCGAUCCGUCCUGCUCCAAGGCGGACACCUUAGAUUCUUUACUGCAGAACACCCAAGCUUUCGGCUGUGUGCUCCCCUGCAGCGCAGAUGACGGAUACGAGUCCUUAGGCGAAGCGAUCGGCAGGACUGCUCAGAGCCGGGCUAAUUUCCCAGCACACACUCUGGCCCCCUGUGAAGAAGGCUGCCAAGUACUUCAGACCAUGGUAGAACACGUAGAACACUCACGUCUAGCACCUUGUGAAGCGGAUAAGCCGGCAUUUUCAGUGCAUGGUCCCGAGAGCUGCAUUGGGCAAGUUCAGGCUCGCAAAGGGGGAAUACCGGGGAAUUCCGUCAUCUCGCAGUUCCUGCCAAGAACCGACUCGGAAAGCCCCUCACAUUCUGAAUUGAAUACUCCUUCCAGCCUUCAAAUGUUCGUCGACUGUUCCUACCAGAGAGUGUAACAGUGUGCAGUCUCCUGCCCAUAUUUAGCUCCGGUCAGUAAGCUGGUUACUGAUUAACUCAUGGUGGUGACUCACAUCAGUGGAAAAUUCUAAAUUUUCAUUUCAUAUCAACUUAAGAGCAGGAAGCAUUGGACGUUCAAAAGCAUUCAUCCACCCCAAAACAAAGACAAAGAAAAGCCAUCCUUAUGUGUACACUGUUCAUCAUCCUUCAGGGCUGUAAGAUUUGCGAGGUGGUAGAGCAGAUGUUUUCAUUGUAACAUUGUUCACAACUUUAUUUUGAGCUGUGCACUAUGCCAGGCAUUAACUUUGCUGCCAAGUCUGGUGAUGACGCUCCCUCCGUAGGAAUUUCAUGGCCUGAUGCCAUCUUGAGCAUUUUGACACUGAUCGCGUGAAAGCCACUUUGUGGUCUGAACCUCUCUAUGCUAAGAUCUCCACACCCACACAUAAAAGUGUAUCCAGUCCUGCUAUAUGAGAAUUAUAUCUAAGAUUAUUAUAUCUAAGUCUCUUAUGUCUGUGGUGCAUACUGAGAAGGUUUUAAUUUCUUCUCAGCAUGAUUACACUUCUCUCUACUCAUGUCUGAGCAAGAUUCCUUAUCAUCUGCAGUGAGCUCGAAAUUAAGCAGCAAGGCUGCAAACCACGUAUACUGCAGUUGCUUUUAAAAUGUAUUUAAAACCCUUAUUCAGCACACUUAUGGCCAGGCUUCUUUGAAGCCCGCAUUGCUGACCUAUUAAUAGCACACAUUCCACCACACUCCCUUGUAUCCUCAUCUGAAGACCCCCUGUCACAGGCAAAAAAUCUAAAGGGGUUCUUAUCUGGGGUUUUACAUUUUUUAAAUAUUUUGUCAUUCCCUUAAAUCGCGUUUAAAGAGCCAUUAUUUGAUAUAACACUGUCAUACACAUGACAUAGCCGCUGUCACAAGAUGGCAUUACAGAUUAUGUCAGGUUAUGCCAAAUGACAACUACCAUACAUUUAUUGAUCAUUUUAGGACAGUAACAUCUGUCAUACCAGUUUUAUAUAAUUUGACAUAACCUAACAUCAUCUGUUGUUAUGUUUCUGAGUCUGUCUGUUAGUUUAUUUGUUUAAUUCUUGUAAUUUAUUUUUCAUUAUCAAAAUGAAAUUUCGAUUUUAUGGUAAAUGGUAAAUGGUCGGAAUUUAUAUAGCACCUUUAUCCAAAUUGAUGCUUCUCAUUCACCCAUUCAUACACACACUCACACACCGACGGCGAUUGGCUGCCAUGCAAGGCGCCGACCAGCUCAUCAGGAGCAUUUGAGGGUUAGGUGUCUUGCCCAGGGACACUUCGACACAGCCUGGGCGGGGGAUCGAACCGGUCUAAAUUCCAGAUUUGACCACCCCUCCAGGUUGAUUUAUGGCACUGCCGCCUGGUUUCAAAUGUAUGAUUUGGCAUAAAAGCAAGGGAGACAGACCAAUCUGGGAAGAUUGUAUUCGACUUCCCACACAACAUGUCUUGGGUAUGUAUGUAUUUAUGUAUGUAUGUGUAGCAGGGGAAGACCGUAACCGGCUUCCCGCACAGCACGUUCUAUGUAUGUGUAGCAACGGAAGAUCGUAAUUGGCUUCCCAUACACGGCAUAUUCUAUACUCUUUGUUUGUGUGUAGCCAACACAGGCUAGGUAUGAUGAUUUACUCUACUUCUAUUACGUUUACAUUUUUUACAUUUUUUUUACAUUGUCAUUUGGCAGACGCUUUUAAUCCAAAGCGAUUUACAAGUGCAUAGGUUCUACCAUAAAUCAAAGCAUCACAUCCAGAACUAGCAAAAUACACAUGAAAUGCUGUUCUAAACAUAGUUGUCAUCAUAAGGAUAGGGAUAUCAGAAAGGAGGGGCAGGGGAAAUCAGGAGGGAGGACUAAGGUAGAGUUUGAAAAGGUGGGUUUUGAGUCUGCGUCAAAAUAUUUGUGUAUCUGUAAUUGACUAUUGUCAUUCUAAAUCUAAUGACCUACCUGUCUGCGAAUAAACUAUUUUGACUCUAAUUCAUCUUGUACCUUUUCAGCCUAAAUUACAACUGAAUACUAUACUUGUGGUAGUUCUAAGCUGUGAGGCCAGCAAGUUUCUGUCCAUUAAAGGAUCGGUGAUGCACGGCUCUUGUAAUUUGAUGGGUGUUACGGCGCUGGUUCCUGUCAAAUUAGCUCUAAGGAGCCCAGUUAAUGCUACGCCGACCUGGGUUCGCAACUAUCAUGGCAGGUUUGCAUGUAUUGUGUUGACUGGACCCUUGUCUGACUGGACUUGUGUUCUCCACCGAACUGAGAUUUCAGCAAUAAUGCUAAUCCCGGGAGCAUAUAUUGAGUAAUGGUGGCGUAGGUAAGAGUCGAGUGUAAUGCGUAUGUUUCAAACCCAAAUUUCUAAAUUAUAUAUCUUAAAUGGAGUCAGAUAAACGAGUAAAACUAUAGUAACCACUAAGCUUACAAUAUGGCCCCGUUUGAGAACGGAGAAUAUUAAGAAUUGUACUGAUCCGUUUCAGGCCAGCCGUAAGCGGGAUAUGGGGCAGGUCAAUCCAUAUCUGACCCGUGGCAACGGACCCAGUAUAUUCUUAAACGUAAUUGUGCUCUGUUCUUGUACGGAGGAUAAUAAUAACCCUACUAAUGUUCUCCCAGCAACACCAGAAGGACAAGCACGCAAAACCCCCUUCGGCCCUCGCUAAAUUCCGUCAUUGGGUUAGCGUGGGGUUUUACACCUGUCUCUCACUAUCACUACGUCUCCUAACUCUAUGCAAAUGUCCACCGUCUGUAUUACGUGUUGGUCUAUGUGCAUCCAGUCCGCGUUUUCGUUUUGCAUACUCCCUGGUCUGGGUCCUCUGAACGGUACCUCACAAUCUGUUACGUCAUUAUGGCGAGGGGUUCAACUGAAGCUUUACCGUAACUGUUUUACCUUGAUUACUGGUCUAUUACAUGGCUAUAUUCUCGUAUAUUUUCUUUAUUUGUGCUCUUUUGUGCAAAGUGCAUGGUGUGGUACUGUAUACUGUAUAUACUGUAUAUUAAAAUGAUUUAUUAUUAAAGUAAAACAGCAGUUACCUGCA